GCCAUUUUUUCAUUGCAUCGGUCAGUUCCACUACAGACAGCCACGAACGUGUUUUGAAAUCAUGGCAUUCCUCGCGAGAAUUACCAAGUGCGAGGCGCGACUUGCCCUAAGGAGUUACAGCUGUAGUGUACCCAACGUUAAGAUGUACAUUGAUGGCCAUUUCGUAGAUUCGGCCGCCACGGAAUAUACUGACGUCCACAAUCCAGCAACAAAUGAGGUACUGUGUCGUACUCCAAAAUGCACGCCAGGGGAAAUGGAAAACGCUGUCCAAAGCGCGAAGAAUGCAUACGAAGGGUGGAAAAACACUAGUGUACUCACGAGGCAGACUUUGAUGCUUAAGUAUCAAGCACUUAUUCGUAAGCAUUCGAAAGACAUCGCAGAUAAUUUAGUUAAGGAAAAUGGAAAGACCAUGGUGGACGCCGAAGGCGAUGUUCUUAGAGGACUGCAGGUAGUCGAUGCUUGUACCGCAAUUCCUACUCUCCUGAUGGGCGAGAGUACCUCAAACAUCGCCACAGACAUGGACAUAGUGUCCUACAGGGUUCCUAUCGGUGUAACUGCCUCCAUCUGUCCAUUUAAUUUCCCCGCGAUGAUACCACUUUGGUCGUUUCCUGUAUCGAUCGCGUGUGGGAACGCAGUAAUUUUGAAACCGUCGGAGCGGGUUCCGGGCGCUUCGAUGAUCCUCGCUGAUCUAUUCACCAAGGCUGGUGCUCCUCCAGGACUGUUGAAUGUGAUCCACGGACAACACGCUGCCGUUGAUUUUAUCUGCGAGCAUCCUGACAUCAAAGCAGUAUCUUUUGUCGGCUCCGAUCAAGCGGGGAAGUACAUUUAUAAGCGGAGCAGCGCUCACGGUAAACGCGUACAGUGCAACAUGGGGGCAAAGAACCAUUGCGUCGUUCUACCAGAUGCGAACAAAAACAAAACGGUUUCUCAGAUCGUGGGAGCCGCGUUCGGUGCAGCUGGCCAGAGAUGCAUGGCUCUUUCGGUUGCCAUAUUUGUCGGUAAAUCGCGGGAUUGGGUGCCAGAACUGGUGGAGGCAGCGAAAGCGUUGAAAGUCAAUGCUGGGCACAUACCUGGCACCGACCUAGGACCAGUUAUAUCGCCACAAGCGAAGGAGAGGAUACUCAGGCUAGUGGAGUUGGGGGUAAAAGAGGGGGCUACGUUGAUUCUGGAUGGUAGAGAACUUCUUGUCAAGGGUUUCGAGAAGGGAAAUUUCAUUGGCCCCACAGUGCUGACGAAUGUGCAGACGUCCAUGGAGUGCUACAAAGAGGAAAUUUUCGGACCAGUACUUUCCUGUAUUUUCACCAACACUUUAGACGAGGCUAUCAACAUUAUUAAUCAAAGUCCGUAUGGAAACGGAACUGCUGUAUUCACGACAAACGGUGCAACGGCGAGAGCAUUCAUAAAUAGAAUCGAAGUUGGUCAAGUUGGCGUAAAUGUUCCUAUUCCAGUGCCAUUACCAAUGUUCAGUUUCACGGGAAACAAAGGAUCCUUCUUGGGAGACAAUCAUUUUUAUGGAAAAUAUGGCAUAAACUUCCACACGCAAACAAAAACGGUGACGCAAUUAUGGCGAUCUGAAGAUGUCAGUGAUAUCGCACCCUCAACUGCUAUGCCGACAAUGGAAUGA